GAAAAAGUCCUUAUACGGAAGCGUAAACUCAACUUUUAAUCAAUACUUAAAGUCUCAGAAGAAUUAUUUUAACAUUACGAGCAUCUGUCAAUUUAACAUUGUGACUAAUAUUGGCACUGAGUCACAUCGGUCGCAGCCUGAUCAAUAGUCUGUAAAAUGAUAUUGGUUUUGUACACCAGGAGCACACAAUUCUCGUUGUUUGUUCCGCGGAAAACUAUUUUCUAUGGAAAUCAAUGAAAUAUGGAUGAAUAUGGCAGUAAUUGUUGAGGGAAUUUAGAAAAUACGAUCAUUUCAAUAAUAAAUAUAUCAAUAAUAUCUUCGAGAAGGAUUUAAGAAGUUGUUUGUGGAUAGAAUUGUAAAAGGUAUACGUCUAUGAAAAUGGCAUCGAUGUCAGAGAAAGACUUGAGAGCAGAUGCUAAGAAUUUUUGUGAGUCUCUAGGAAACGUUUUCAUGAUGAAGAAACGUGAUCCUCAGACCCAACACCUACUUCAGAAGUCCAAAACCUUGAUAGAUGCCCUGCUACAAGAAAAACGCGCCAAAACUGACCGUCCCACAAUUCCUCCGAAACCUGCGCGCGGUGGAGGUGGAAGUAUGGGGCAAUUGUGGGUAAAACUCGACGAAAUGAAACGGGAAAAUGAUGAGCUGAAGAAGAAAUUACAUGGAAAAAUGCAUGAUGAGAAAAGUAGUCAGAGUAAAUCACAAGGUCCAGGGGAGGUCAUUAUAGCUGAACUUCAUAAAUCAAAGACGGAGAAUGAAAGCCUAAGAGCGCAGCUCGAAAAGGCAAUCACGAGCAUAAAAGAACUCGAAAAAGUGAAUUUAACAGUGCAAGACGAGUUCAAAAGAACUAAAAUAGCGCACGACAUGGCACAGAAAUCGUUGGAGAAAGUAAAACAAGAACAAAGAUCUCUCGAAUCAUCACUUAACACAGUGAAAACCGAGAAUGAUUCGUUGAAAAUGAGAUUGACAAAUAGUGUGAAGCCUAUGAAAAGGGCAGAUAAUCGUUUCGUUGAGAACAUCAAUGAAAAAUGUCGCCCCAGUAACAUCGCUAUUCUGUACAACAACCUAGAAUCCCAGCAGUGGGUUGACGCUAAAGAAGCACUGGAAGACGCUGGCUUCGAGGAUGAGGAGACGGUCACACAAUUUCUCUGUGAAAUUUUAAUGGUAACAUAUUCAAUCUGCACAGAUCUUCUGACAGAUAUUGACAAUGGAAUAUCUGGACUCCUCAAAGAUCCUUGUAAAAUUGUAGACAGUGCCUUUCUGGACUGUGUCAAAGGUACAACAAGCUUAUCGGAUGAUUUACUUCACAGCAUUAAAGAAGUGUUACGUCAGAAUUAUGAGAAUAUUGAUAUGGAACCUGUUGCCGUGAAAUGCAAAGAAAACCUGCAGCGUGAUGAAGACUGGAACCAGUUCGAAGGAGUAUUAAGUCAUAAGUCUAUAAAAAGAUACAUGGAACAGUGCGCAUGCGUGACCUGGCAAAUGGUUAUUCAGCAAACACCUAUGUGGCUAAGCAUUAAUGAUGCUUAUUUUGACGAAGACAUGCAUAAAUUAUGGUGGUCAUGUGACAAAUCAAACGCAAAGAUAAUAAAAUUUUUCGUUUGGCCAGCCUUAUAUGAUUGUAAAAAUGGGAAUCUUUUGGUAAAAGGCUGUGUGAAUUCAUGUUCAGAAUGACCUUGAUUGCCAACUAAUCAAGUUCUUCCAACAAUCAGACGCAACUGUGCAAUGCUGUCCUGGAAUGUUUCUAUGCCACAUUAAACAUGAUGCACUGUGGCUGCUACAACACUGAUAUUAUACUCCAGAUGUUUGGGUGCUUAGAAACUUCUUGUCAAAAUUUUAUCUCGAACAAAAUAUAGUAUGAUGAAGGACAUAUAUAUCUGAUCAUCUUAUUUUUGGUGCAGCACAGUAAUCUUUAAUAUACAAAAUGUAUAACAUUCUCAUUGAAAUAUUAUGUAUCAAUCUCUAAAUGUAAAACAGUUUUUGUAUGCAACAAAAUCAUUGUAUUCAUUUUUUACAUAUUAAAUUGAUAUUAAAUUGC